ACUCAUGAUCGUUUAUAUCAUAACAUCAUUUAGCCUAACGAUACUAAAUGUUUAACAUAUAAAUUACCAAUGUUCAUUCGUAGUUAUGAAAGGCUGAAGGCUUUAUUAGGAAUGUGAAAUUUGAGCUAUGCGUCUAUCUUUUCCAUGCACUAUAUCAGUAUUUUGUUCCUACAGAUGCUUACAUAAAUGACAUGGCUUUGCAAUCUGUCAUUGCAUUGAUUCAUUUGUUGCGGCCAUGGAGUUUUCAUUGCACUGUAUGGGAUCAGUUGGGGGGGGGGGGACGUCCCUGCACCUGCCCUGUACCAGCCCUUGUCCCUAUGAUCACAUUGUAUGUCACAUGAGAACAACCCACGCCCUGAACCAAUCACAGGGUGCAGCCACCACGACUACAGCCGGAGCCCGCAGCAUCCCAGCCUCCAACUGCAUCCGCAGACUGUACCAUUUCGUCAUUCAUCAAAGGGGAGAAGCUUCCGAAACCCAAGUUGUCCCUGAAUGUCUUCAGGAUUUCCUUAAAGAUCCAGAUGAACUGCCGCUCUUCAAUAAGUUAAUGCCAUUUCUUGCACUGUGCAAACAUGCUUGCUCGGAAGGGGCUGAUCCAUGAUGAAUUCUUGAUAACGCGACUUGCAGAAGAUAACGCGGAUCAACCUCAAUACAAGACCAAACUCAGAAAGGCGCGCUUUGUAUCCAAAAAUGGUGCAUGCAACGUGGCCCAUAAGAAUAUUCGAGAGCAAGGACGUUUUCUGCAGGAUGUGUUCACCACCAUGGUGGACCUGAAGUGGCAGCAUAGCUUACUUAUCUUCACCAUGACAUUUAUGUGCAGCUGGGUGUUGUUUGCUAUGGCCUGGUGGCUUAUCGCCUUCGCCCAUGGAGACCUUGACCCCAAGCGCAGCUCCUCGAUACCAUGUGUCACUAACAUCCAGUCUUUCACCUCAGCUUUUCUCUUCUCCAUUGAGGUCCAGGUGACCAUUGGCUUUGGAGGUCGUAUGGUCACAGAGCAAUGCCCGCUUGCCAUCACGGUCCUCAUCAUCCAAAAUAUAUUAGGAUUAAUCAUCAAUGCUGUCAUGCUGGGAUGCAUCUUCAUGAAGACCGCUCAAGCAAACCGUAGGGCGGAGACCCUAAUCUUCAGUAGGAAUGCCGUCAUAGCCUGCCGGGAUGGCAAAUAUCGCUUUAUGUUCAGAGUGGGCGACCUACGCAAGAGUAUGAUUAUCAGUGCUUCAAUUAAAAUCCAGAUAAUCAAGAAGACCACAACAGAUGAAGGAGAGGUCGUUCCAAUUUCCCAAGUAGAUAUCCAGGUGGAAAACCCAGUGGGGACCAAUUCCAUUUUCUUAGUGUCACCUCUUAUUAUAAGCCAUACAAUCGAUGAGAAAAGCCCUCUUUUUCAUUUCUCUGCCUAUGACCUCGGCAACCAAGAUAUAGAGGUGGUAGCAAUCCUUGAAGGGGUCGUAGAGACGACUGGGAUAACUACGCAGGCACGAACAUCCUACUUGCCCGAUGAAAUCCUCUGGGGCCAUCGUUUUGUCCCAAUUGUGACGGAAGAAGAAGGUCGGUAUUCUGUGGAUUAUUCCAAAUUCGGUAACACAGUUAAAGUAAACGGACCUCUGUGUAGCGCCAAAGACCUGAUGGAAGGCAGGUAUACUCAGAUCCUCAGCGGUCACCCUUCCAGAUCAGUGAAGAAAAGGAAAGUAGACAGCCAGCAAGCUUUAUUACUAGAAAAAAAAAUGGCUGCAUGUACACGAUCCAAUGACUCUUCAUCAGACUCUUAAGGGUGGGAGGGUUAUUGUUUGCGUGAAAAUUUGUGCAAUAUUUCUGUAAGCGCAGUUUCGGUGUCCAAUUUGGGUAUUGCGCAUGCAAUAUCAUAAAUGGUGUGGAUUUUUAAAAGGAAUGCGCAAUGGGGGAAAAGACACGCAUUAAUGAACUUCCCACAUCCUACGCCACCUACGGAGUGGAGUACAGUAUAUACUCUGUAUACAGUAUAUACAAAAGAAAAAUGUACGCAGAUGAUGAAUGCAACAAAUCUAUUUGCGAACACUAAGCUACGCCCCUCUCCAUGUGCAAAAAUAGAUAAAAUGACAAAGUGAGCGCAAACGAUGAAAAAAAAUGUGCAAAAACAAUCAUAAAUAAGGCGCAAAGAAUUGCGCGAUUACAAUCAUGAAUGCCCCCCCUUAGUAUUUGCCCUUUUUUACCGCCGUGCAAAUUACAUUUACUGUAUUUUCAUCUCCUGUAAUUGAAAGUGAAAAGAGAAAAGGGAAUAUUUUUGUAAUGAAGGUGCUUUGAUACACUAGGCAGCCAUUUUUCAGGCUAAAUUAAUGGUAUUUGUUUCAGUUUUAAAAACAUCUUAUAAUGGGUUUUCACUGUCUACUUCAGUG